GUAAAUUAUGAAACUGCAUCAGUUGAUUCAUAAGAAUCUGACAGUAAUAUCCUAUCAAUAUGUUUAUUAAAGUGGUCGCAGUGUUGGCCCUAGCAGCCGUCUGCUUGGCUGAGGAGCACGCGUACUCGUCGCAGAGCAUCGUGCACCAUCACGUGCACCACGAGCACCACGAGCCCAAGGUCGAGGUCAAGGUGGAGAAGCAAGUCGUGGAGAAGGUGGUGCCCGUCGCUCACUACGUCGAGAGCCACAAGCAUGAGGAGCACAAGCACGAAGAACACAAGCACGUAGAACACAAGCAUGAAGAACAUAAACAUAAGGAACACAAGCCCGCCAUCUCCUCAUACCACAUCGAGCGCCACGACGUGCCCGCUCCUCCCCCUAAGGACUUCCACAAGUAUGAUUUUUAUAAUAAGACGCGAAUUAUGUAUUAUAGAAACUAA